AUGAUAUCCCUCUUUUCCUCCUACAACACUGUUUGGUAUUUCGGUAUGAUCAGGCAACGCCUUGGUGGUGAUUGUGUAUCACUGUCGAAACGAGCCAAAACUGACUCAGAAGAAUUCGACACAAUCCAUUUGGCGGCGGAAUUCGACAGUCUACAGCUGCUUGAAGAAACCUUCAUCAAGACGGGUAAUUUGCUGCACUUUUUAUCAAGGCUCUUGUGCAACGGUGCUGAAACAUUCAUGAAACGGUUUCCAAGAGAAAAGAUCGAUUCUUCACGGAAAAUAUGGGACUGGCGGCCUCAAGUCUCCAGUUUUGCAUUGGAAGCUGGUGUCCCCGUUGAAAGCGAAGGCUA